AUGCCUUUAAUCAAAUCCCGGGGGAAAAGACCGAAUUCCUCAACAUCAACAUCGAAAUCAUCAUUUAGAAAUGACACUUUCUCUUUCUUACCGUUCUUCAUAUCAGCUUUAGAUCCAAGAGGCCUCGGAGGAGGAGGUGGUGGAGGAGGAAUACGAGGUGGCAAGCCGCAAAAGCAUUUAUCGCAUUCAUCACCACCCCCACCUCCAACACCUUCAUCUUCUCAUUUCGAUAUUGGUAUACAUACAUAUUCACCUUUUUCAUCAUCGACUCCUCCUUCUACGUGCUCGAAAGGAUCGGUAAAUGGCAUGCCAAGUUCCCAAGGUGUGUUUGAUACUUAUGAACAUCAGAUGGAUGUACAGUUUGAGCCUACAAGAAGUGGAUCGAAGAAGGAACGAACAGCGAAAAGGGAUAGGAGAGAUACAUUGAGAUUACCAAUGAUGUUACCGACACCGAUGGAUCAAUUAAGUAUAGAUAAAGACGAGUCCAAGGAUGAAUAUGAUCAUAUUGUUUCAAAACCUACUUGUCAAAAGAAUAGGGCUGUGAGUCAAAUCGAUGCUGGACGCUUGAGAUGUCGUGUUACGGAUCAACCUUCAACAUCAUCUCCUUGCCAAAAUACAUCACAAAUCUCUAAUUCUCCCACACGGCAUUCUGCGCAAAUGUUACCCGUCGACUCUGCAGGAAAGAACGGUAUCAAUCAGUGGUUGGGACCAGAAGAUGAAGAUUUAGAUGAUGUAGAAUAUCAAGCUUUAGAUGUGUUACGAACUCUGGAUGGUCACUUACAACGUGAUGGAUUCGGGUAUGCAACUGGAACCGGUACUGGUAAAGGUAGCUGGAUCAAUGCCGAAGAUACUUCCAACUCGAGGAAAGGGUCAGACUCGCCCUCGACGAAAUCCAGAAAUUCCACUUCGAGAGUAUCAAAUGUCCGCCUUAGAUCAGGUACACUUUCCACCGUCAGAACUACUUCUGAGAAGGAUUCCUCGGAGGCAGGAAUUACUAACGAAAGAAAAAGAAUAAGAUCCCAUCGAUAUAGUGGUGUGCAUAUCGCCGAGAUACCAUAUCCAGAACAACAUCAGAGCCCUACAGCACAUACAAAAAGAUCAUCUGAUUCUAACUCAACAGGACCACCACCACCACGACCCCCUCCUCCUCAUUCUAAGCAUACUUUACCUCCUGUAUCAAUGACACAAACACACGCAAGUGUGGACCAACAUACAAUCAAUGACAACAGACUAUUCGACCGGAACGAUGAUCAGGGUACACAUGUUAAUGAAAAAGAUAAGCACAUGGCACCGGCCCUAUCCGGAUAUUCUCAAUCAGAAUCACACUCAAGAAUACAAAUGAGGACUUUCAACGAUCAAACUGAUCAAAGAAUAAUAUCGCCACCAUCCGCUAUACCACCUCGUUCUGCUUCUUGUUUAGGUGAAUUUCCUCUUGGGAGAAAUCAGACGUUGCUUCGGAUGCCUUCAUCUUCUCAUCUCAGACAAAGCGAUUCUGCCCCUGCAGUACGUAGAGGCAGCAAAGAGAAAGAAGGGGUCAAGGUACCCCUUAUCCUUUCUUCUGCGAACAUGUCACCUGCAUCGCCGAUCACAUCUGCCAACCUGGAAGACGAUGAGUUUGUAGUAGUCAUAGACCAAAGACCUCGUGCGCCCUCAAGAGAGACAACAUUGUCUUAUAUACCGUUACAUCAACAACCCUUACCUCCCAUCCCCAUAUCAUCGACUCUUCCUUCACUGUCUCCCAGCUCGAGCUCCCAGAGAAACACCUUGUCAAGCGUCGCACACCCUCGACUGGCGACUCGAUUCCUUCGACCAAAGAGACCAGUCACAGCUCCUCAUCCUCCACCCUUGUCGGCAUCUCAGAUCAUUUCACCCUCCAGACCACUUACACGUUUGAUUCCACGAGAAGAACCACGUAGACCAGCAUCCUUUGCUUCUCGAGCAGAGGCCGAUGCGGGUCAAAAAGGUAUGACAGUCCUUUCCUUCCUCGCGCUAAACGAGAUAGGUAAUGGAUCUAGAUCGUUCGGACGAAGAAACUCGUUUAGUCGGUUAACAUCUGCCACUGACUUUACUUCUGGCUAUUAUCCGGCCAGAAUGGAAUCUCCUACUCGAGGAUUGGAAGGUGGAUAUAUCAUUCCUCCUGCGGAGAGAAGUAAGAUUGGUUCUGAAAAUAGAAAGCAAGCAAGAAGAAGGAGGAAGAAUAGUUCUCGAAGCACUUUGAGCUCGAUUGCAGUUAGUGAAGUCUCAUCGCCUGAAGAAGAGUGGCGCAAUGAUCAUGAACAAGUAGAAUGGAGUACAGCGCGGGAAUUCGAGCGAUCGAAAAGCAGGAUGAAAGAGAAAGAAAAAGACACGCGAUUGGGAUUUUCGUUUGAGAACAUCGAUAUAAACAGAUCUUUCACCCCGAAUCGAAAUAAACCUUCGCCAUUAAACAUAUUUUCAUUCAGUCGCGAUCAAGAAGCUGAAGAAACGAGAUAUCCUAAAUCAGCAGGAUUGCUACCACCUCCUAGACCAAGAAGGGGAACUACUCCCUCUGUGCCAUUAGUUAUGCCGUCCAAGAGUCAAAAUCAACAGGAUUGUACCAUUUCUAUCGCACUAAAUACGGGGACUUCGUUCGAGCGAAAAUCACCCAAACAUAUACGUAAAUGGUUCGACACCAAUACAGAUUCAUCGUCACCUCGUGCACUUGAUGAGAUGAAAGAUUCCAUGGACUUAGGUUAUUCUCCUUGUGACAGUCCAAGCUUGACUACUCCGGGUCAAUCCUACGUGUUCUCGCCUUAUGAUAUCGAUAAUCAACAAAAUCAAUUAAGGACAGUAUCCAUCCCUACGUCUGAGAAUGAAAACAGAGGUGGAGGUGUAAGUGGCGGUAGGGGAGGAGAAGACGAAAGUUCAAAUUGGAGUAGUAGUGAUGGACCUUCAGAUAGAGAAAGGCAGAUCAUAACUUCAUUAUGGCUGGCGUCUAAACCGACUAGAACAGGUUCAGGGAAAGAAGAGAAGAAAGAGGAUCAUCAUCCAUUCUAUACCGGAAAGAAGGGGGGUAAUGGUGGUGUUGUGAUUGACGGUGGAUAUGGAAAAAGAGGUAGUUUUGGUGUGGACAUUCGCGAUCGAGUGAUAUAA